CGGUAUUCCCUUUUCAUUUCUCUGUUUCUCAUCAUCUUCAACACAACAAAACCAUCAACAUGAAAACGCAGAAAUAUAACCCGUUUUGAACAUCUUCAAAUGGGGUUCGAGGACAAAGAAAAAGUUGUAAUAGAUAUGAAUGAUGAAGGCAAGGAGAGGGAUUUGGAGAGAGGGCCAAGUCUUCCGGCUCUUAGCCGUGUUCAUUCAGAAUUACCAGCUUCUCCAUAUUCUCCAAGAGCAUCGACAACGCCAAGAGGGGCCCUUGUGAUGUCCAAUUCUGGCAAGGCAUUGUUGGUGUCCAAUUCAAGUAAACGUUUGUUGGCAUCCCAAUCAAGUAAGUCCUUGGUUGUGUCGAACUCCGGUAAGCGAUUUGAUCAGAAAACCAAGUAUGUGAGACAGGUCACAGGCCGCCACAACGACACCGAGCUGCAUUUGGCUGCACAGCGUGGAGAUUUGGAGGGUGUUAAGAAAAUUUUGGAUGAAAUUGAUGCACAAAUGAUGGGGACGUUUGGUGAGGCUGAUUUUGAUGCUGAGGUGGGGGAGAUAAAGGCAGCUAUUGUGAAUGAGGUGAAUGACUUGGGAGAGACGGCAUUGUUUAUUGCAGCUGAAAAGGGGCAUUUGGAUGUUGUAAAGGAGUUGUUGCAGUAUACAACUGAGGAGGCUAUUUUGUUGAAGAACCACUCUGGCUUUGAUCCGUUGCAUAUUGCUGCCAGUCAAGGGCAUGAAGCCAUUGUCCAGGUGCUGUUGGACUAUGAUCCUAGCCUUAUCAAAACAGUUGGCCAAUCAAAUGCGACUCCACUUAUAUCUGCAGCUACUAAAGGACAUGCAGCAGUAGUAAAUGUAUUGCUCUCCAGAGAUCUUAGCUUGUUAGAAAUACCUAAAUCCAACGGAAAGAAUGCAUUACAUUUAGCUGCCAGGCAGGGGCAUAUAGGUAUUGUAAAAACAUUGCUCGACAAGGAUCUACUACUGGCAAGAAGGACUGAUAAGAAAAGUCAGACUGCAUUGCAUAUGGCUGUAAAAGGUGUUAACCGUGAAGUCGUGAGGUUGAUUCUUGCAGCAGAUGCAACCAUUGUCAUGCUUCCAGAUAAGUUUGGUAAUACAGCGUUACAUAUAGCUGCCAGGAAAAAGCGGGUAGAGAUAGUGAAUGAGUUGAUACAACUUCCUGAGACUGACGUGAAUGUACUAACAAGGGACAAAAGAACAGCCAUUGACAUAGUUGAAGGGCUUCCACUCUCUGAAGAAACUGCUGAGAUAAAGGACUGUUUAGCUCGUUAUGGUGGCGUGAGAGCAAAAGAAUUAAACCAGCUCCCACGAGAUGAGCUUCGUAAAACUGUAACAGCAAUCAAGAAAGAUGUGCAUUCACAGCUCGAACAAGCCCGCAAAACCAACAGGAAUGUAACUGGAAUUGCCCAAGAUCUCCGCAGGCUCCAUAGAUUAGGAUUGUAUAGCACUACUAACUCGGUCACAGUGGUUGCUGUGCUUUUUGCAUCAGUUGCAUUUGCUGCUAUUUUCACACUUCCUGGUGGAGAUAGGGAUGAUGGGUCAGCUGUGGGCGUAGGCUCUGCGUCAUUUAAGAUCUUCUUCAUCUUUAAUGCCAUUGCACUUUUCACUUCAUUGUCUGUUGUGGUGGUACAAAUCACAAUUGUGAGGGGAGAAUUAAAGUCAGAGAAGCAGGUUGUGAAGGUGAUCAAUAAGUUGAUGUGGUUGGCUUCUGUAUGCACUACUGUGUCAUUUUUAGCUGCUUCAUUUAUAGUGCUUGGUCAGCGUAACAUGUGGGCUGCAAUUCUUGUUACUUGCAUAGGAGGAGUUAUAAUAGCAGGAGUUCUAAUUGCAUUGAUCUAUCACAUAUUGAAGAGAAAGCGGAAGCGAAAAGUGAGGAAGAGAGAAAAGAAAAGAUCGAAUGCAUGGCGUCACUUAGAUACUGAUUCAGAAGUCCCAAUUUAUGCCAUUUAAUGAACCUGUAUACCAAAUUGGCCUUUACUGGUGAGGAGUUUCUUUUUUCUUAGUAUGAAGGCAAGAAUCAAAAUCAAAAAGUGGCCUUUACAAAUCUCAAGCUUUCUUUGAGUGAAUGGAUUCUUUUCCUUUCUGGUCUUCUGAGGAUGAAUCAUGAAUUUUCACAGGCACCAUAUGAAAAUAUCUCAUGGUUAUGAUACAACCCUUAAUAGCCUAGGAUUCCUAUUUUCCCUUAUUUGCUAGAAUCCCUAUUUUUUCUUAUAUUUUCAUAUUUUAAUUUGCUUUCUAUAUUCUGUUAAGAGGGU